AUGGUCUUGGCGGGCUCCGAAGAGCUCUCCCUCAACGCCUUCGCCCAACUCGCGGAUAGGAUCAUUGAGUACUCUUCGCCUUCCAUCGCCGCUGUUUUCCACCGCACGCCGCCUGCCACUCCUCCUCCCGCUGACAGCGCUACCCGCGCUCUUCAGGAGCAGAUUGCGCGGUUGUCUGAAGCUGUGGAAAAGCCAGCCCAACGGCAUCUGCUGGUACCACAGGAAAUACGGCGACAAGGCACUGAAGUGCACACGACCUUGUUCCUGGACGGGAAAUGUAGAGGCCGGUUGAUAGAGGCUGCCUUCGACCACGGCCCCCCAGGAAGCCGCCUGUUCUACGUCAUCGACCGAAUCGCAGGCCACCGCUUUUUGGUGGACACCGGCGCUGAGGCCGUCAACACGUCGCCCAUCGCAACCUUUGGCCUGCGAUCCCUCACCAUUGACAUCGGGCUCGGGCGCCUUUUUCGUUGGCUGUUUGUCACAGCCGACGUGCCUAACGCAAUUCUGGGAGCCGACUUCCUUCACCAUUUCGGGCUCGACAUAAGUAUCGCCCGCAAGCAACUUGCUGACUCCGCAACCGACCUCACAAUUUCGGGCGUCCCGUUUUCCCAGCAUAGUUCGGGCAUCAGGACAGUUUUGCCCUCGUCUCCGUAUUCCGCCAUUCUGCUCGACUUCUCUUCCGUCGCGAAGCCCUGCAUCUUGGCUGUCACCCCGAAGCAUGCUGUCACCCACACCAUCGUGACGACGGGUCCCCCUGUGACGGCUCGGCCACGCCGCCUCACCGGCGACCGGCUCAAGAUCGCCCGCCAAGAGUUCGACCAUAUGUUGCAGCUGGGUUUGAUACGACCAUCGUCCAGUCCGUGGUCUUCACCGCUUCAUAUGGUUCCGACGUCAUCAGGGGAUUGGCGCCCCUGCGGCGAUUAUAGAGCUUUGAACGCCCCUACGGUCCCAGACCAGUAUCCCCUUCCACACCUUCACGACUUCGCCCUAGGCCACGCUGGCGCGACCACCUUCAGCAUUAUCGACCUCGUAAAGGCCUAUCAUCAAAUCCCUGUGGCACCGGAAGACAUCCCAAAAACAGCAAUCAUAACACCAUUUGGCCUUUUCGAAUUCAUCCGCAUGCCCUUCGGUCUGCGUAACGCGGCGCAGACCUUCCAGAGAUUUAUCAACGAGGUUCUGCGCGGGCUCCCUUUCGCCUUCGCAUAUCUCGAUGAUAUACUGGUCGCCAGCAAGACUCUCGGUGAACAUGAAGAACAUCUACACCAGCUGUUCCGCCGGUUGGAUGAGCAUGGCCUUGUGCUUAACCCCGCAAAAUGCGUUUUCGGCCAAUCGUCCGUGCAGUUCCUGGGACACGAGGUAACCCCGGAAGCCUUGGCCGAUUCCGCCCUACUGGUACAUCCUGAUCCUUCGGCAGACCUCCACCUCAUGGUCGACGCAUCAACCCAUGCCGUCGGAGCCGUGCUCCAGCAAUAUUCCCCAUCCGGUUGGUGCCCGCUGACCUUCCACGUGACGUUUGCGUUCAAGUCUAACCGUGCUGCAUACUCGGUGCACGGUGCUGAAAACCAAGCAGCGGAUGCCCUUUCCCGCAUCGAGGCCGUCCGUGUCUCUGGCAUCACUCUCGAAGCCAUCGCGGAAGCACAGGCAAAUGACCGAGAUCUCCGUGAUUAUGCGUCUGCUGGCCAACGCAAGACGUCCCUCCAGCUCAAGCUCUCCCCAUGGCGCCUUGCGACAUCGCCUGCGACGUUUCCGAGCUUACAGAGCAUCGCUCAUCCCGGCAUCCGGGCCACUCAGCGUCUCUUGUGUUCCCGUUUCGUCUGUCCGGGCAUAAAUGCCGACGUGAGACGCUGGGCAAGAUCCUGCAUGGCCUGCCAGCGGGCCAAAAUAACCCGUCACACCAACUCGCCCGUCGGCCGAUUUCCCCUGCCAGACAGCCGCUUCCGUCAUCUCCAUGUCGACAUUGUCGGCCCUCCCGUGACACCCUCCCGCGACCAUCGGUACCUUCUUACCAUGGUCGACAGGUAUACCCGGUGGCCUGAAGGUGUGCCCAUCACCGACAAGACCAUCCCGCUGGACAUUCAAGCACGGCCUCAGGUGGUCUCCCUCGACAGGGUAAAACCCACAUACCUGGAGGUCGACACCCCUGCUGCACCUGCCACGGAGUCCUCCGUCUCCGGCCCUCACCCACCUCGCGUCAAACCUCGCCGCACCGUUACCUGGGCUACUCCCUUCUCUGUGUCUUGUUUUACUUCAGCCCUUCUUCGGGGAGGGGGAGCCCUGUAG